GCAACAAGGACGCCGUGCGCGGCCACGUCAUGUAAACUGAACGGGGAAGGAGUAGCGUACACCAGGGUAACCAAAAUAGAAGAAGACUGAAACAGCAUUUCUGCGUUGGGAUCUCAGAUUCGUUUGUUACACCUGCGCGUUUUCCAGACCUUCAUCGGCGGGGAACCGACAGAGCAUCUUCAGCGUCUUUAAUCAUAUGGCAAGAUGUCAGAUAUCGGGGACUGGUUUAAAAACAUCCCUUUCAUCACCCGUUACUGGUUUGCUGGCUCAAUUGCUGUUCCGCUAAUAGGAAAGCUGGGAUUAAUCAGUCCUAUGUAUCUUGUGUUAUGGCCGGAGUCAUUCUUUCAUAAAUUCCAGAUAUGGAGACCAUUAUCUGCAACAUUGUAUUUCCCAGUUGGCCCAGGGACAGGUUUUCUCUACUUGGUUAAUUUGUAUUUCCUCUACCAGUACUCCACAAGGCUUGAAACAGGAGCUUUUGAUGGAAGACCAGCAGACUACAUGUUCAUGCUUCUUUUCAACUGGAUUUGCAUUGUUAUAACAGGUUUAAUGAUGGACAUGCAGCUCCUGAUGAUCCCUUUGAUCAUGUCUGUUCUGUAUGUCUGGGCUCAGCUAAAUCGUGACACGGUUGUAUCUUUCUGGUUCGGCACCAGAUUCAAGGCUUGUUAUCUCCCUUGGGUAAUUCUGGGAUUCAACUAUAUCAUUGGUGGCUCUGUUGUCAAUGAGCUGAUUGGGAACUUGGUUGGCCACCUUUACUUCUUUCUGAUGUUCAAAUACCCCAUGGACCUGGGUGGCAGGUCCUUCCUGUCCACCCCGCAGUUCCUAUACCAGAUGUUCCCAAAUCGACGAGGAGGGGUGUCUGGAUUCGGUGUUCCUCCAAGCAGGAGACCUGUACCCCAAGAGCAGGCAGGAGGCGGCGGUGGUGGUGGUGGGCGCCAUAACUGGGGUCAAGGCUUUCGGCUGGGGGACGACUGAAGCCUUUGACUCUUGCAUCAAUGGAUAAAUACAGAAACUUCUAAUAUCAAUGCUGCAGAAUAUGGAUUUUAUGAUUUGGGGUUCAUUUGUGUUGCUUUUCUUCUGACCCACAAGGAAAAGUGACGGGGGCUCUUUCCCAGCGUUACAUGUUUUCCUCUUACUCUCGAUGUCAUAUCACACUGUUAUUGAGUUUCACAGUGUGUACAGAAACUCUGCAAAAAUAUGCGCUGUAGCAGAGUUGGUGUAAUUGUAGGAAAUUCAGGGGACUUUGAUUGUGUUUCCCAUAAUAUGACCACAUCAUUCAACGUAGACAGGCUUCAUGUUUCUUGCUCAGUCAAAUGUAGCUGAUUAAUUUCUCUAUGAACUGUUCAGUGUCAGUUGUCUGUAGCAUGGUUGUUUAGGAAUGGUCAUGGACUUUAAAACUAAUUUUUUUUUUUUUUUUUAUCAACUCAUUUGUCUAAAUUCAUUAGGUUAAAUUUAUCGUAAGUUUUUGUAAGCAUUGCUUAUGCUUUACAUUUGUGAAUUAACUGAAUUACCAAUCAGAAUCAGAACACGCAGAUGAAAGUGCUGUGCAUAUUUCAGUCUGUUUGUUACAUACAUUUAGAUGCAUAUUUCCAUCUGUUUGUUUUAUAAAUUUAGAUGCCAGCCUUGUAGUUCCAUUUACAGUUAAACUGCCAUGCAUUUUUCACACAUUACUGAUGUUCAAACUAAGUUAUCCUGUGAUACAUGCAUACAUACAGUCUGAAAUUUUUCAGAAAGUGAAUGUUUUAAUGACUAGCAAACAAAACCAGAGACUUAAAGAAAAGAGUUUUAUAAUUAUUUGCACACUGAAAGUUAUAUUUAUGGGCUUUCAGUGGUAUCAUAUUUGAUUUAGUAUGCACUAAAUGACACAUUGAUUUAAUAUUAUGUCCCUCAACACAUUGUUUUGAUAAAGGUGCUUUACAAAAUCCCAAUACCUUUGUGUGCAUAUGUUAUAUAAUGGUGUGAUACAGUCACAUUAAAAUUAUACAUGGUGAUUUUGCCAAAAAUCCUUGUCAAAUAAAAUUUACUACUGUUCUAAACUACAAGCUUUACUAAAAUGUUCAGUUUACAUUUCUAAUGCUUCAUUAUUGCCAUUUCUUUGAGUUCUUUUUCAAUUACUGAUGCUACAAAUAAACAGCAACUGUGCUCACUAAUUUGAGUACACUGAUUUCACAGUGUCUUGAGGGACACACUCAGGAUACAGGCGCCUUAAAGUUGCAUUUAAAUUUUGCAGCACCCUGAAUGGCGACUUACUGUAAGAAAAUUAGCAGCUGUUUGAAUUUUUACUCUGGCAAUGCUACCAUUGUGUAAACAAUGAAACUCGGAACAUUCAAUCAUUUGUGUUUUAUUGAAUUACAGCAGACUGGUUCUUAUAAAGAGCAAGCAGGAUUCUUGGUAGCAGUACAGUAUUCCUGAUACAUGUCUGAACAUGACACUAAAGCAGCAGCAGGAAAAAGAAAUACACUUAAGCGAGCUGAAAGCAGUUCACAGCUGAGUAGUGGAAAAAUGGAACUAUGCCUUGGAUACCAGGAAAAGCCAACAUGAUAAGUAUAAUUUUGCAGUUACUGUAAUAUUGCCAAAAAUUAGCCUAUGACUACAAAUAAACAUGUGCUGUGCAUCACUGUA